CCCCGACAAGCCUGGUAUGUAAACAAGGUCAGCCACUGCAGCAGCAUACAGACCAAACACUUUGUGUCCGCGGGGUGUGCACGCUGCUGAGACAAGAGGAGACCCAAACUCACUUCACCAAACCUCUGAGGAGCAAGGACUCUGUAACAGAGCAGCCAAGAUGAUGCAGUGUUUUCACUUCAUGGUGGAGCCGGCCAAAAACUUGACGGCCAAGAUAAAGGAAUCACACAAGAGAGCAAAGAAGGACAAGCGGGAGCCUCUGGAUGAGGAUCAGCUCUUUGUUGUGGAUCUGGCUAGAGACCUCAGCCGAGUGUGCCAGAGGUCUUCUGUCCUGGAGCACAUCUGGAACCUGGACGACACCUGGCCAACUCCUCUCUGCAGGGUUUUCAUCCUGCAGUGGGCCUCUAUGCUGGAGAGCAAGAAGAGGCCCUUGCAGACUGAUGGCUGGCCAGAGAUGGAUGAGGGCAAACUGCCUAAUCUGAUUACUGAACAGGACCUGCUACAGGCCAAAAACGUGAUCCUCAACUGGAUCAAGGACCUGAGAGCUCAGCCUGAGCAAAGCGUGUGGCCUGGGGAACCUGUGACGAAGGUUCUGGAGGACCUGCAGUCUGCCUGGCGUUGGGGCCGUGUGCCCAAUCUGCUGACUGCUAUGGAGCUGGUCAUGUGGACUUUAAUGCUGCAGCGCCCAGAUAAGGACACCAUACCACAGCAGUGGCUCAUGUGGAAGCAGAGGACUCAGAAUAUUGGUUCCAUUUCUUACAUUCCUCAACCAGUGUGGGACUGGAUCUCAGAUGCUUCAGUUGAGGUGACCCUGGAUCUGGACACGGCCAACCCUGAUCUGCUCAUCUCCAAUGAUGAGAAGAGGAUGCGCUGUGGCUUUGAAAGGAAGGACGUUCCCAACUACCACCAACGCUUCGACGGCUGGUGGUGUGCUGUUGGGGUGGAGGGCUUCAGCUCUGGCCGCCACUACUGGGAGGUGGAGGUGGGUGAGCGGGAUUGGCGGCUGGGUGUGGCUAGAGAGUCGGCUCUGAGGAAAGGCUUCAAGUCGCUGAACACCAAUACUGGGUACCUGACCCUGCGACUGGAGAGGGGCACUGAGCUGAAGGCGCUGACUGUGCCCUUCACUGCCCUGCCACCGGGCCUCAUCCCCCGCAAAGUGGGCAUCUACCUCGACUAUGACCACGGCCAGCUGUCCUUCUAUGAUGUGGACAAACACUUACACAUUUACACCUACAACGAGAGCUUCACUGAGAAGCUGUUCCCCUUGUUUGGAACAGUGGAGAUUAUCAAGGAUCUGGUCAUCAGGUCUCCAGCAGCUAAGACCCAGUGUCUCUGCUCCACAUCCUGCCUCUGGGGCUGAGUUUCUUUCUGUUACCUCAUCCUCUAAGAAGAAGUAGACAUCAUAUUAAAGUAUAAUAAACCAGAUUAUGUAAUACUCUAAUCAAAAUCAGAGACCCUGAUGUAAAAAAAACCAUCAAUAGCUCCACUGUGUGACCAACCUCUAUGCUGCUGCCGCUUCAGUGUGAUUGUUGCUACCACUUUCUCACUAUAGACUUAUCAUGUUACCCUUUGCUCACAUACAUAGUGUAUUUUCAUAUAUUUGAAAUAAAGCCUAUAGCACUAAUGUAAUGUAUUGUGCAAUAUUAAUCCUGCAUUGAGAAUGCACUCUGUGAAUAAUAAAUAAACCAAAUCUGUGUCUUAAA